AUGAUCAAUUUUGAUUCUACAAAAAGAGAUGAGAGAAAAAAUGAAAAGAAGUUAAAUAACAUAGAUUACAUAAAUAUCAAAGAUGAAAAUAAUGAAAAAAAAAUAAAUAAGAUAUUAAAAAAUUUAAAUAACGAAGAUAGAGAAUUAUCUUUUCCAUUGUUAGAUUUUUAUUUUUUGAAUAAAAAUUUUAAAUACCAAAAUUUAAAAGAGAGUUUACAGAUAAAGAAAAAUUUUAAUGAAUAUAUUAAUCUGAGACUUCUUGAAAAGGAAGUUUAUCCAAAAGACUCAUUUUUUCAAACGGAACAAAAAAGUAGGGAAAAUAUUGUUUAUAGUAAAUUAAUAAUAAAAAAUCAACAUUAUAGAAAGAAUAAUUGCUAUACAGAUUUUGACUUUCUUUUAAAAAAGAAAAAAUAUGAUGAAGAUGAAGAAAAUAUAAUAUCACAUGAGGAUAUUCCUUCUUUUUGGAAAAAUGAUAUUGUUAUUAGAACAUUUAACCCUGUAUAUAAUGCAAGAGAAAAUAUUAUCAAAGAUCAAGAUGUUAAAUCUAUUCCAACUAUAGAUGUUUUUUACAACUCAUCAAAGUUACUUUCUAUUCAAACAAUUUUUGAACCUAUAAGCAAUUAUAUAUUUUUAUUACGUCUUUUACCUAAGUUUUGCUUGCCCUUAUAUGAUUCAGGUAUAUUACAGUAUGUAUGUGAAGAUUCACUUUUAAAUCCCAAAUUAAAAGGUCUUGAAUUAUCUUAUAGAUUGUUAGUUCAUGAUAUUUUAUUCUAUGCAUUUUUUUCCUAUUUGGCCGAUUUACCAUUUUGGGCAAAACCACCUAUUGAACUUCUUCGAAUUUAUAAUUAUGAAAGCCUUUAUUCUUUUAAUGACUGGGAAUCGGAACAUACCGAAAGACUAGUUUUUCAUAAUAUAAAAAAUAUCUUAUACAACUUUUCUGAUACUUUAAAUCAAAUUGAGCUAUUGUACCCCAAAAACUAUUACAUCACCAUUUUUCCAAAUAUAUAUUUUAAAAAUAUUAUAGAUUUCUUAAAAGGAGAAAAUUUUAAACUAAAAAAAAUUGUUAUUGAAAUUAAAGGAAAAAAUCAUAUUGAUUCAAAAAUGAUAAAUAAUAUUAAAAUGAAUUUAGAAAAUUUUAGAGGUAUAACAACAGAAAAUGUUAAAAAAGAUAUAUAUAAUAAACUAACCAUUAAUAAAAGUAAUAGAGAAAUAAAAAAUACUAAAAAAAUAAUAGAUGCUAUAAAAAAAUGUUAUGGCUCGAAUGAAAACUUUUUUGUUGAUAAGGACAAGUGUUUUUCUUCAAAUAAUGAAUACAAAGAAAUUAUGAAUGGAAAGAAUUACAAUAAAAAGAAUUCUGAGAAAAGUCAAAUAUGCCAACAGAAAGAUGAGUUGUCAAUAACUAAUAUGGUAAAAAAUAAUUUAUCAGAAAAAGAAGAAAAUACUGAAGAAAAUUAUAAAAUUAAAAAAUCUCAAGAAUUUCAAACAAAUUUUGAUUGUGAAGAAGAAAAAAAUAAAAGAUUAUUUCAAGAAGAUGUAACAAUUUUAAACAACUUUGAUGAUAGUAUCAAUGAGGUACAUAUAAAUUUGAAUAAGCUUAAUAAUGAUAUGCAUAAAAUUAAUACUGAAUACAACGAAAACUGUGAAAAAAACAAGGUCACAUUUAAUAAAAUAAGUACAAACAAUGGAAAAAUAAAAAAAGACAAUUCUUAUUGUAAAGAUUUUUCAUGUUCUUAUAAAGAGACAAAUGAGCAUUAUAAUAAUAACCUAGAGUGCAAUAAUUUUGAAAAAGAUACAUAUGAUCAUAAUAAUUUUAAAUAUGUAAAUAGCAUUAGUGAUGCUUCACAUAAGUUAAAAAAUAUCGAUAUAUCAGAUAAUUAUAACAUUGACAAUGCUAUAUAUAAUUUUUAUUACAACAAUAAUAAUUACCAAAAAGAAUGUGCAUCUAUUUAUGAAGGUAAAGAAAAGUCUACCAAUAAUAAUAAGUAUAGUUCUUCUGAAUCAUCGUAUACUGAAGAUGAUUCAGAUGAUGAAAAUAUUGAUGGAUUUUUUAAGUCAAAAAAAUUGAAAAGUACAGUUUAUGACAAAAGUGAUUUUUCUUUUUCUAAAUUUAUUAAUAGCUUUAUAAAUUAUGAAAAAAUAAUUGAUUAUCUACACAAUGAUCCACAACGCCAAGAAAAUGAAAAUUCGAAAAUAAAAUUUUAUAUAAAAUUGUUGUUAUUUGAGAAAUCUUACUCAGAUCAUAUUAUUAAUGAAAAUAGGAGUGUAAAUGAAAUGAGAGAUACAUCUUUUAUGGAUAUUAAUGAAAGAGACGAUGCAAAUAAUAACGAUGAAUCCACUUUUAUUAGCUCUAAUUUAAUAUCAAAUCAAAAUAAUAAUGAUAUACAAAAUGAAAUAAGUAAAAAUAAUGAAGAAAAAGAAGAAAUGGAAGAAUGUGUAGAUCAUGGAAACAACCAUAAACAGUUGUCUUCAGAAAAUAAUAAUAGUAUAGAUAUUAAUAGAGAGGAAAACAUUUUAAAUAAUAAUGUAAGUAAUAAUAUACAAAAUUCAUCAGAUUAUAUCAGUAAUUUAAUAAGAAAUUUAAGAUUGACUUAUGAAAAUAAUAAUUUCCUAUCAUUUGAUCGAAAAGAAGAAAAUGAUGAAGAAAAUAAUUUUAAUUUAGAUAAUGUUCAAGAUUCUGUAACGAGAAUAACAUUUAACUUUAAUUAA